UCGAACACACCAGCAGCGGUCUGAUUAAAGAGGAGCCGUGAAAACAUUAUUGUGUUCAUCAGUGUCGAGCAACUUCACUUUUUACCGAUCAAUCUACAUCAAUAAACGAACAAUGAUCGAUCAUCCGGUGACCAGCAGAUGAGCCAAAUCUGAUCGUCGCUGAAAGAAAGAGGCGAAAGUUGUGAUUUUUGACAACAUGGCUAGCUGCGGCGAGGUAAAUGUUUCCGUGGACACCCUGACUUCAGGCAAGAAGGUGAGUGGGGAUUCUGUUACGGAUGGAAGUCCGUCGCCUUCGUCUCCUUCCCUUCCCGUUCCGGAAUGUGCUAUCUGCUUGCAGAGCUGCGUCCACCCAGUAUGUCUGCCAUGCCAUCAUAUUUUUUGCUUCCUCUGCGUCAAGGGAGCUUCCUGGCACAGCAAACGCUGCGCCCUCUGUAGACAGGAAGUACCUGAGGAUUUCCUGGAACGGCCCACUUUGCUUUCGCCUGAAGAGCUGAAGGCUUCGGCAACAGGUGGGCGUGGUACGGGGGCCAGUGGCCACGCGUGGUACUACGAAGGACGUAACGGCUGGUGGCAAUACGACGAGCGGACUAGCCGAGAACUAGAGGAUGCUUUUAGCAAGGGCAAAAAGAGCGCAGAGAUGCUAAUCGCCGGCUUCCUCUAUGUAGCCGACCUGGAGAACAUGGUGCAGUACAGGAGGAACGAACAUGGACGUAGGCGUAGGAUGAAGAGAGAUGUGGUGGACAUUCCUAAGAAAGGUGUGGCUGGACUUAGACUCGAUCCAGAUCCCAGCUCAGGGGUAGGAUCGGGAACAGUACCUGUUGGAGUGGCUGCAGUUGCAGAUUUAAGCACGAGUGUGGACGGAGCCGUGGUUGAACGAGAAAGCUUGGCAGAUGGAGCGGACACUAGCGCCAACGGAGGGCGUCCUCAAGGCGUCUUUGCGCCUGCUCCCGUAAGACCAUCAACCGUCUUGGGUGGUCACCUGUCUGGCCCUGCGGCAUCCUCCGAGGGCAUUCAACUUGUUCAGGCACUCGCACAACUGAAUAUCAACUCCGUCGAGCCUGGAACAGACGAAGAUGAUGUCGAUGACGAAGACGACUCUGUUACUCCGGAUGCCUCAGGAUAUGAAUCCGAAUCCGGCACAAGCGAGGAUGAAGACGAGUCCGUUGGGGACGAAGGUGGAGUCGAUAGCGUGGAAAGCUCCCGGGGUAGGCAUAGACUGCAGCAUUUGGACAGACCGCCCCCUGGUGGUGGCCCUGCACAUAGCAGCGAUCGUUCUGGGUGCCCUGAUGGUCAGUGCACCGUUACGAAGGUCUGACCCCUGCACAACCACUGGACUCCUACCCAACAACCGCAACCGCUGAGUAUUUCUAAACCAAUCUCUGAAAUGCAAAAAAUUACAUGAAUGAACCAUUCAAAUCUGAUUCGCAGAUUAGGAUAGGGUGGAGACUUGGUACAGAUGGUUUCAGUGUAAGAAUAGUACUUGUAUUUCUCAGUCUUAGGAGAAUGUACCAGGGCUGUGCUCUUUGAAUAGAAAUUACAGGCAAAACUUCAAUAAAACUUGCUUUUUAUCAUACCUAUAAUCUUUAGAAUUAGUCCAGACAGUCCAUUGUCAAGGUUUCCUUUAAAAACUGAGUAUUGCCAAUAAAAGCUGAUAAUUUGCUAGCAUUGCGUGAUGGUAAAACCUGUACUCGGUUAAUAUCACAAUGUACACCAACCAGUGUGCUAUGCAAUUUAUAACAAUAUGUACGCCAAGCGUUAAUGAAGACAAACCUAUUUGAGUGAAUUUCAUGAAAACAUGUCCAGGUCACAUUUAACCCCAACAUCAGGAUAUUAUGUUUAUCUUAUUUUUUAGGAUCAUUUUAAUUAAGAAUAUUUUUAGGAUCAUUAAGAGAUUUUGCAUUGUGAUUAUUUUCUCAUUAUUCACAUUAUAGUUCACGUUAUUCUCAAUGUUUAUGUUCUUUAGAUUCACAUUAUGUUACUGUAAUACUUUAAUACUUUAUUUAAGAUUCCUCAUUUAAAAUUCUUUAUUGGAUUAUAGUAAAAAUGUUAGAAAUACAAUGGUUUUAUUUUUAAAAUUCAAGGCCAUGAUUAUGGAUAAAUAUUACCCCCAAUGUAUCAAUACUCAAUUUAAAUAAUACAUGAUAUUAUUUUGCAAUACAGAAACAAGCAUUUGAUUAUUCAUUUUGUUAUGAAAAUAAUAUCUUAAUGCAAAACGUUGUAAUGGUCAGAACAAUUUUAUGACCAUUUACCAUUUUAAUGGUCCUCAAAUAUAAAAUUUCGGUAACACUUUACAAUAAGGUUCCAUUUGUUAACAUUAAUUAACAACAUUAGUUAACAUGAAAAAACAAUGAAAAAUACUUUUACAGCAUUUGUUAAUAUUAGUUAAUUUCAACAUACUAAUACAUUUUUUAAAUCAAAAGUUGUAUAUGUUUACAUUAAUUCACUAUGAACUAAUAAUGAGGUUGAUGUUCAUUGUUUGUUAAUGAUACCUAAUGCAUUAACAAAUGUUAACGAAUGGAACCAUAUUGUAAAGUGUUACCAAAAUGUCUUAUUUAUUCCUCAUGAUUUGGUGGUGAAAUGUGACCCAGACAUGUUCUUGACAAGUUUAAUGAGAAUCAUGAGAUUUUUUUUUAAUAUAUAUUUCCAUUAGGAGAUUUCAUUAUGUCUAACGAGACUCACAGUAAUUAAAUUAAUGUACUGUGGCGUAAUAAACUUAAUCUCUUAAUAAAAUACGCCAUAUCAGUUUUAUAUAGAGGAUUCUGCCAUGGCGUCAGAAAAUAAUGAGCCACUUACACUAUUUUAGUAUGAUAAAAUGAAACUACAUCUUUGAGGAAAAUUGUACACAUUGAAUCUGGUUUCAUUGGUUGAAUAUCACAUUUACGCUGCAGAUACGCAAUCAAAAUAAGACUUUAUAUUUAAGUUCUUUGUGAUCCGUCAUUUUCAUUUGAUUGUAAAAUUACAUUUCUAGAUCUAUAAGUGGUGAGAUCCUAAAGAACCAAGGUUUUAUUGUAGUUUUGCCAAAGAUUCCUCUUCAACUCAUUCUUGUUAUCAGAAAACGACCCUUCAUUUACUGUUUUCUUUUUCUUUUUUAUGUGAGGUUUAAAAUCAAAACUCUUAAAGGUGUGUGUGUGCAUUUGCGGAUAUUUUAAACAUCUUGUCUUUAUUCUAUCUGUCUCAUCUUGGUGUGCUUAUCUGUUUCAUGAUUUUGCAUGUGUUGCUGUGAGCGAUAGAAGGAGCCCUGGACUACGACAAACUUUAGGAAAGGGGCGAGUUUUAUCAGAUGUUGUAAUUGUAGUGUAGCCCUCAGACUGCUACAAACAGCACGAGAGUGGUUUUCAAGCAUAAGAGUCAGUUUUGAUGUUUUUUGAAGUUUUAAUGUUAAUUUCAAUCAUGCUAAUUCUCAUAUUCGUUCAGGUUCUUUGUUGUCAAUGAAACAAAUUGAAAACUAAAAUCGAGAAUAACUUCUUUUGGUGUAUUUUUGUUUUUAACGUGUUGUUUUGUUACCAGUUUUAUCUGAAAAAUAAAGUGUUGUCUGUUUAUUGUC